AUGUUAGCAACGACGAUGAUACGUGGCUUUGCUUUUCAACCCCGCUACCAUUUGAUGAUGAUGAUGCCGCGGCGUUCGUUGAUGAUAACUCUAGGAAGUAGACAACAAGAAAGGGAACCCACAAAACUCGAAUCAUUACCUCCAGAAGAACGAGGUCGCUACAAGGUGGCAACUAUUCCAAAUGCGAUUUGUGCGGCUAGAAUUGCCGCCACGCCCCUCAUCGGAUAUCUAGUUGUUCAACAUCAUUUCACACCAGCUUUUGCUCUUUUUACAAUUGCUGGAGCAACAGAUUUGCUUGACGGCUGGAUCGCUCGCAAUGUUCCCGGUCAGAAGUCACUGCUUGGUUCAGUUCUUGAUCCAGUGGCCGAUAAACUUCUCAUCUCGACAAUGUUCGUCACGAUGACACAUGCCGGACUCAUUCCACUACCUCUCACCACGAUCGUCAUUCUUCGUGAUGUAUGCCUAAUUGCUGGUGGCUUCUAUAAACGAUAUCAAGUCAUGAAUCCACCGUAUUCACUUAAUCGUUUCUUCAAUCCACAAGUCUCGUCAAUGCAAGUUGUUCCCACCAUGAUGAGCAAGAUCAACACAGUCCUUCAACUCUCACUAGUGGCUCUAUCCCUUGCUUCGCCAGUCUUUGAGUUCGUUCCGGCUGCAAACGACGCCAUCUUUGCGCUCGGAUGUGCUACCGCCGUCACUACAGUAUAUUCGGGAUUACAAUACGCCAGUGGGAAAGCCAUCAAGAAACUUUAA